UUCAAAUUGUGUUUGUAAGGUGCGUUUAUUGUUUUGACAGAUUUUACAUCAUCGGAUUCAGAGAGAUACCUACUUGGUACAUAUAGUGCGCGAAUACGUCUUUGUUUUGUAUGUGAAUUCAUGAUUUAAUGGAGGACAAAUAACAGAAAGACAAGAUGAACAAGUACUUCAAGCUAUUCUUUCACAGGGUCCUGAAAGACCUGAAACAAAAGGAAUUGCUCCCUUUGAAGUUAUUGUUUUUUAUGCAUUCAUCUACCAUUUUAGUCUUAUACCCAUAUCUAACCAUACACAUGAGAGCUUUAGGAAUAAAUGUUGAGGAGACUGCAAUCAUGUCAGCAGUAACUCCUGCUGUUGUUAUACUGAUGCCACCUCUAGCAGGAAUGAUAGCUGACAAAAUAGGAAACUUCAGGGUACUACUUGCCUCUUUCUCAGCAAUUGGUGGAGCCUCAGCUCUACUGCUGCUCCUGGUUCCAGUGGGAAGAGUGACAAUCACCUUUCCAGACAGACUGGUGUUCGGUUUAUCCUGCGAAACUAACUCAACCCCUUUACUUUCCUUGCAUCAGGAAUAUCCGUGUACAACUAUCGAUCCAGACAAAAUACUAGAUACAGAAAUAAAACUCGAGUCCUGCGGAUUCGCUUGCCAAGCAAUUCUCAACCAAAACUAUACGAAUACCAUAAUUCAGACCAGGAGUUACGACGUACAGAUUUACGAUAUCCAGAACAAUGCCACACUAACCUACACCUACAAGCUCAGCAAGGACGAUAUCCACGAACCUGAGCCUAUAUCCAAAGCUAAGAAUCAGAAAACUCUGAAGAAUAACGAGAAGUUUCGGACCUCUGUGAGGAAGCUAUCCAAGAACUCUUUCUAUUUUCCAACAGUGUCCAUGUACAACUUUUCUUGCGAUAUGUCAAAGGAGCCUGCAGUCAGUUGUGUUCUAGGCAGCAGAGACCAGUUCGAGAAAUUCCAGAGGAUUCUCAGUCCUUGGAAUGCAGGAAUCAAACAGCAAAUAAUAGAACACAAUGAUUUCGAAGAGAAUAGGCAGAUAUACCGGAUUGAAUAUAUAAACUCCAAGAAGAAAGACAACAUAACUUGCCUGGAAAACUCUGCUAUGUCUGGAAAACACAUAUCAGUAACCAUCCCAAUAAAUACUACUAACUCGACCGUCCAACAUUUAGAUUUGGGAAGCUGUUCCCAUAGAUGUCUGGCUACUAGCCCCAGGAAAACGGUUUGUUCGAAUCAGAAAACAGUCAUAGAGCUAGACAUGAGUCUGACAUUUUGGUCAUACCUCAGCGUUAGAGUUUUUGUGGGAAUCAUAAGUGGUACUUCAUUUGCCAUGUUUGAGGGAGCAGUUAUCGCGAUAUUGAGAGAACAUAAGGCUGAUUAUGGCCUACAAAGGAUAUAUGCUACAAUAGGUGGAAUGAUCAGUUCACCUCUGUCUGGCUGGAUGAUAGACUAUGCAAGUAGAGGCAAAGGUUAUACGGAUUUCAGGCCGAUAUUUUUUUUGUAUGCGGCAUUGAAGCUGGUGAGUGGAUUUCUGAUGUUAUUCAUUAACCUGGAGUUCAAAAAGGCAGCUUCCAGUGUGAUUACUGAAGUAGUAACUGUACUUAAAAAACUGGAGUUGAUAGCAUUGUUCGCUUCAUGCAUAAUGUUAGGUUGUGCAUGGGGUUAUAUAGAAAGCUUCCUUUUCUGGUUAAUUGAUGACCUUGGAGGUUCAAAAUCCCUGAUGGGUCUUACAGUGACAGUUGGUGGUGUAGUGGGCAUACCUCUACUAGUACUAUCAGGGCCAAUAGUGAAAAAAAUUGGACAUGCGAACGUUAUUUCUAUUGGAUUCGUUUUCUAUGCAAUACGACUCCUAGGAUACUCCCUGAUCUACAAUCCAUGGCUGUGUCUCAUCUUUGAAGCUAUGGAGUCUAUCACUUUCGGAUUGAGUUUCACAGCUGCUGUGACUUAUGCUGCCAAAUUGUCCACUGUUACUACUGAUACCAGCGUUCAAGGAAUGUUGGGUGGAUUAUAUUAUGGGGUUGGCAAAGGAAUUGGUAGUCUCAUUGGAGGUUACUUGAUAGAACCUAUCGGUAUAAGACAUACUUUCCAGGUGUUUUCUGUAGCAACGAUCAUCGUAGGUAGCAUUUACUUCAGUUUUUAUCACAUUUACAUGAAGAAACACCCCUCUGAGGGUACAGACAUAACCAAAAAGGAUGUGCCACCAAAGGCUCCCAGCGAUUUUGACUUGAAAGCUAUGGAAAUCGCGGAUAUUCAGUCAGAUCUGCCAGUCGUAUAUGAAGAUGCGAUGUGUAAUCCGGCGUAUGAAACAACUGAAGCGGAAGAUGAAGAAAACGAAGAAAAUGAAAAAGACCAUCACGCUAUGAAAACUAUAGUCAAUGGACAAAUUCGACAGAACCAAGGAGAGACGUAAUUUUGAAACUAUUUUUGACAUUCAUCCAAUAUGGAUAGAAAUUUUAUUUUUGUGAUAGGCCAAACUACCUGAGAAUCAAACUCAGGCAAAUUAAAUAAAUUAAUGAUUGAUGGUCAGUUUUUCAUUAUCUAGCUGUGACAAUUAACUGAUGAUAUCAUUGCUUGAGAUAUUUGAACAAGCUAUUGAAAAACUGGCUCUGAAUCCUUCAGUUAUAGGAAACAAUAUAAACAUAAAACUCCAUCCAUACCACAGAUUGCGUAAGCGAUCAUUUUGUGACCUUAUAGUUACUAUAGGUAAGUAGAUAGUGUUUUAUUAUGAAUGAUUGUGGAAUGAUUCACUGUAUCUGUGAUACUACUUUUUUAGUUGGAAUAUUAUUUUUACGUGAACUGCAGACUUCAGAAGUCGAUCCAAAAUUCUCACAAAAAACUUGUUAUUUCAGUUUACUUUCAAAAAAAUAUAUGUUAAUACGUGAUGGAAAUAGGAGAAUUGAAUUCAUAUGAAUAAAUGGCAUAACAAAACUGUAGUUCAAAAUAAUAUAUUACUAGAAGAUGUUUAUUAUCAUGUAAAUCAUUGUAAAUAAUAAUUUUAGAUAUACAUAUAUGAAAUC